AGCAGAUGGCAGCAAGGCAGCAAGGCAGUGCGGAGACUCUUUUAUAAUAACAAAGAAGGACUGACUUUGAUAGUACAGUCAAAACAGUCUACACAUGAAUGAACCGGAUACUGGAGCGAAUUCAGCUGACAUCCGACGGGAACUUCUAAUGGAAAUAUAACAACAUUAUUCACUCUAUUAAAAAGCCUUGCACUCACAUUUGCUGGCAGGCAGAUAAUUCAAUAUAAUUUCUCACUCUAAAGGGAUUAAAGGUAUUUUUCUCUGACUGCGAAGGCAAAAUGAAGGUGAAAUCUAGAGAUGAGAGUUUGAAUACUUCUGGAGAAUGUGACGGAUCCAAUGACUUGCUGACAGGUAACCCUCCCUCAGGCCAGAGCAAAAAGAACAUGAAGCAGCGCUUCCUCAAACUUCUGCCCUGCUGUCAUGUUGACUCCACACCAACUGUCAGGCAAAGCAAUAUAGAGGAGGAUUUUGAGCUUGCCACUGUGUGCUACAGACCGGAUAGUCUGGAAAAAAUGAUGGAACAGACCAAAUUUUCCAAAACAGAGCUACAAGUCCUCUAUAGAAGUUUCAAAAAUGAAUGUCCCUCUGGAUUAGUAAAUGAAGAGACUUUUAAGAUAAUCUACUCUCACUUUUUUCCUCAUGGAGAUUCUAGCGCAUAUGCACAUUUCCUGUUUGAGGCUUUUGACAGACACAAAAAUGGAGCAGUAACUUUUGAGGAUUUUGUGGUUGGCCUGUCAAUCAUCUUGCGUGGUACCGUCACUGAUAGACUGUCCUGGGCCUUUAGUUUGUAUGAUCUUAAUAAAGAUGGCUGCAUCACUAAAGAGGAGAUGAAUGAUAUUAUGAAGUCUAUUUAUGAUAUGAUGGGGAAGUAUACGCAUCCGUGUAUGAAGGACAGCGCACCUAGAGAACAUGUCGAAAGUUUCUUCCAGAAAAUGGAUCGCAACAAUGAUGGUAUCGUCACAAUGGAGGAGUUCCUGGAGUCGUGUCAAAAGGACGAGGCCAUCAUGGAGUCCAUGCAGAUGUUGGAUCACGUAAUUUAGCUCUGCAUGACGAUCUUUGGAACAUUUUUCAGAACAGCAACAGUGUUUGAUCUGUUGUGGCGUCUGCCUGGCUUCCUCCAUCUUGCACUUACAGUGAACACCUGAACAGGUGCAAAGUGAGCAUGCCAUGUUAUUUUACACCCUGAGGAUGAAAUGAUGUCUUUGAAGAUCAGCUGUUGUAUGCCACUGUCUUUGUUUAAUAUAAUGUGAAGAGAUAUUUUAAGCCAAUUCAACAACAAAAAAGGCUCUUAAAAACGAGAUUCUUUCAGUUUUGCACUAACACCUUAUAUCACUAUUAUGUUUCUCACAGAAAGGAAUGUGUGAAAAUCCUAUAAAUACAAACAUUAUUCAUGUGAGAUGUAAUUUAUUUAGAUUAUGUUGUAACACACUACUUUGAAAUAUAUGCAUAUGCACAACAAUUUACAAUCAAUAUCACUGAUGGGAAAGAUUACGGAAUCGGCAGAAUUUGAUGUAACGAACUAUGCAAAAGUGGAAUAGUUUUUGGUAGAUUCGCACUAAUGAUGUUUUACAAUCUCCCUAAUAAAUACAUUUAUAUUUAUAUUUAUUUAUCCUUUUCAUUUUUAUUGAUUUCAGUUCGUGUAAUAUAUUUCUGAUAAGACCUUUGAACACAAACAUUGCAUUUGACUACUUUUAAAACAGCAUUUUUGCAGCAUAUUUAAAACAGCAGUUGUAUGUAUAUAUAUAUAUAUAUAUAUAUAUAUAUAUCUAUAUCUAUCUAUCUAUAUAUAUAUAAAUUGGUUAAAUAUUAUUUAUAGACUACCAUAACAUUUUGAGUAGAU